AUGGCCUGCCCCGGCGUCCUCAUGAGCGCGCAGCUCCUGCCGCUCGUCACCGCCUACCAAGAGGGCGUCAACCAAGACGUAUGCAUCCUCACGCGCCUCGGCCACGACCCGCCGGACGGCGACCUCGGGCCCGUGCAUGCGGUCAUGGCACCGUGGCUCGAUCGCGUCGACUUUCGCUUCGUGCCUCAGCUGUGUCCAUCGCUCGUCUUUAGCUACGCGCUCGAGUAUGGCCGCGUCGAUCUUGUGCACGAGCUUGUGGCGACGAAGACGCUGUGCAUCGCCGGCGGACGCUGGACGCUCCACUACGGGGCGUGGCGCCGCUGCGUGGGUAAGCACCGUCAUUUGCGCCAACACUACAUGGCCGACCACCGCGGGAAUGUCUGCAACUCCUGUUCCUACGGAAAGACUGGUAGCGAAACCAUUUCCGGCGCCGUGCGUCACCUUGUAGUCGCGGCCUGUCUCGGCGACCACGUCGACUUGCUCCGUUUUGCCAUGGAACAAGAUGUCAAACUGUACCUGCCGACAGUGGUAGCGACUGCGCUGCGUGGCGGUCGGCUCUGCAUCGUGGAGUACUUCUUGGAGCAACGCGUGGUCGCCGCCUUCAGAGCCCACCACAUUGGGCAUGCAGUCGCGAGCGGCAGCACGGACCUCGUGGCUUUCCUCUUGAAUCACAGCACCCACGGCAUGAUCGCAGAGGCAUUCGAGCAAGCUACCAUCCAGAACCAGUUGGCGCUCCUCCAGUGGCUCUGCACCACGUACAACGAGCCACUGUACUGGCGCAUCGCACUUAAUAUCGCUGUCGCCAACCUCCAACAUGACGUGAUCGCGUACUUUGCAACGACGCUUGGCCUCCACCUCACGCCGACCGAAGCAACGCGCGUGCAACGACGCCACCAGCGCAACGAAGCGACCGACCAACGCCGCAAGCGCAAGCGCGAUGCGCCGACAAGCCCGCGCGACUAA